CCCAUUGUGCUGCUCCUGUUUCUUCACCUGGAUUGGACGAGGUGAACAGCAGUGGUCCACAUAAGCAGUCAGGCAAAGCAAGAACAUCAAGAAAAACGAUGAAUGAAGGUCUUACGGGUGUGGAACGACAUGAGGAAGCGGUUUCAAUCAAGACUGGCAAAAUUAAGAAAACAUCAUGAAGAUUGCUAUGAACGUUUUAACAGAUCAGAAAUUGAAAAUGAACGCAAUAAGAUUGCUAAACAGCUAUCACAAAAAGAUUGUUUGUCAUCCUUAGUCGCGUCCACUUCAUCGGCACCCUGUGCUGUGUCCACCUCUGUGAUGACCUCAUCACCGUCACCGUAUUACCGGUUACCAGAGGGAACACUGCAGUUGGCAAAAAUGAGUAAAGUCCUAAUGGCCAUGGAGAAAGGAACACUGUCGGACUUCAAAGGAAAGAAACUUGACGACAUUGAAAUUGACCCAAAUGAGCAACUUGAGGCUCAAGGUGAUUCCAUGUCAAGUGAUGAGGAGGAUUACAGUGACGUAUCUCAGACAACAGCACCAGCAGAGACUGAUCCACCUGUUCAAUCUGAUCAAUCUGUUUCACAAGAGGAUCAAGGUUCUUCAAAUGCUCCAAAAAAGAAAUGGGAGGACAAUGAGGUAAAAGCAGUAGAGAGACACAUGAUGAAGUUCAUCAAGACAUGCAAAGUUCCUGGUAAGCAAGACUGUGACAGAUGCAUUCACGCAGAGCCAGAAGCUUUAAAACAGCGAACAUGGACUCGUGUGAAAAAUUAUGUGCGGAACAGGAUCAUGACUCUUAAAAGAAAGGGUGGUUUGUGAGGAGGCACAAACACAAAAACACUUCAGUGCCUUUUAUAACUUAUUUACUGUAAAAUAUA